AUGCCAGGCGUUCCACCAAAAGCUUUAGAGACUCUCAAGGCCAAGUUCAAGGCUCUUUUCAAGGGAAAGAAAUCCAAGAAGGCUGAAGAACCAACCGCCGGUGCAGAAACUGAUGCCGCAGCUCCACCUACUGCAAAUUCCGCUGUUGAUCCAAAUGACGAUGGUACUGCACCAGAAGUAACAGCCACCGAACACACCCAUGCUGAAGACCAAGAUCCGACUACCGCAGAACAAACCUCAGCUGGAGCCGAACCAGCCCAUGCGAACGAGACUGGUGAGCCUCCAUAUAUAAUCGGAACCUUGGUAAAAGCUCAUAGUACUGAUACUGAAAUGGCAGCACCAGAAGCUUCCAAGGUCGAAGAUCCGAUUAAGACUGAACCUAGCGCACCAAUAGUCUCUGCUACUGCUCCUCAACUUUAA